AUGGGUUCCGUCGUCUCAGUGGGGGUUUACCUGUGGAGCAACACCUCAGCCGUCAUCGGCACGGAGGGCAGGCCGGGCCUCGUCGUCCUCCUCGUCUACACCGACAUGGGGAAGAAGUGGCAGUCUACGCCAUUGCUGCCGCCACGGUAG